AUGGAAAGUCCACUUGCUCAAAAGAUUGGCUUUUAUGGUUAUAUGUUCACGUUUCCUUUAGGUUUUAUAGGACAUGCAUUGAGUUUGGUAACAUUCUCAUCUCAACUUCUUCAUGCAACAUCUACCGGAUUUCUUUUUAUUUGCUUAACUCUUUCUGAUAUAUUAUAUCAAUUAAUGUCAAUUCAUGAUUUUAUUGUUCAAGUUUUGCGAGUGGCAACAUUUAAAAGCGUAUAUCUUUGUCGUUUUCAUACAUUUUUUCUCAACUUUUCAACUUUUACAUCAGCAUGGAUUCUUGUAUUAAUUAGCAUGGAUCGAUUAAUUCGUGUACGUUUUCCACAUCAACAAAGACGAUUAUGUACACGAAAAUUAGCUGCUUUGUUCAUUGGCAUUACUUGUAUAUGUUCGAUUACAUUUACAAGUCAUGUUCUUCAAUCGGACUUUGGUUUUAGUAACCCAAUUAGAAAAUUAUGUGGGCCAAGUCGUUUUGCGCUAACAUUUUAUUCAAUUUUCUAUUUUAAUACUUGGCCAAUUCUUCAAUUAUUAAUAACUUAUUUUAUUCCAAGUUGUUUAAUGAUUGUUUCUGUAAUAUGUAUUCGUAUUAGUAUGAAUGUACAACGAAUACAAUUUUUACGAUCAAGAAGAAGAGAAAGACUUGAACAACAAAUGUUUAUUUUAAUGGCUUCAAGUAUAAUAUGUUUUUCAAUAUGUACAUUGUCUUAUUCUAUUCAUCGUAUUGUUUAUCAACGAUCUGAAAUUAAUUCAACAACAUUAAUUGAAAUUGCAAUAUUGACUAUUCUUUUAAAUAUGAAUUAUUGUUAUAACUUUUAUAUUCAUUGUUUAACAUCGAAACUCUUUCGAGAAAAAUUUAUUGAACAAGUCAAACGAAUCUUUUGUUGUUGGAAAAGACAAAUCAAUAAUACAGUAUAUCCUUUGUCAACGAUUACUAAACCACGAAAUUAA